UUUGAUAAUUUCUUUUGAUGGACUCUCUUUCUUCGAUGUCAGAUGGAUCAGAUUGGUCCAAACUUCCUUCAGAUAUCCUGGACAUGAUUUUUAAACGUCUUGGGUUUGCAGAUUUUCAGCGAGCUAAAUCAGUUUGUCCAUCUUGGCUAUACGCUUCAAGACAAUCAGCAGCAAACAAUCAAAUCCCUUGGUUGAUUCAAUUUCCCGAAAAAGGUAAAGAUUUCUGUCUCUUAUAUAAUCCUGGAGAAAAAGAGAAAGUGUAUAGAAUUCAGAAACUUGGUGAUGGAUUCGCAAAUAGUCAUUGUUUGGCUAUUUAUGGAAGUUGGCUCUUUAUGAGAGAUUCUAUAUAUAAUCUCUAUAUUAUGAAUCUGUUUACUCGCGAGAGGAUUAAUCUUCCGUCUGUGGAAUCACUAGUUGGUAAGAUAAAGAUUAAACGUACCAUCAAUGAUAUGUUUAGUAUAAAAAUUGAUGAUCGAUAUGAUGAUGAACAUCUUCAAGAACAUAUCAGAUUUAACCUCGAAAUUGACUUUCCUUUAUUAUGGAUAGAGGAUAAAACCAAAGAUUAUGUAGUUAUGUGGUCAAUCCGAAACUAUCUGGUUUAUUUUAAAAAAGGAGAUAACUGUUGGAAACAUGUUAACUAUUGCAUUGUUAACAUGCUACACACUAUUGAUGUGGUAUACAUAGAUCAUAAGAUUUACUUGUAUACUUCUCGUGAUGUCAAGAUCUUGGAAUUUUCGGGUGAUAGUCCGGAAAAAAUCUUAGAAAUGCAAGUUACAGAUUAUGUAAGACGGCCACGUCGCAUUAAUCUAGAUGUGUGGUAUAUCCAGAAAUCACAUCUUGUUGUCACGAUGAGUGCCGAAGUCCUUAGAGUUGAAAGCAUAAUAAGGAGUGAUUCUGAUGUUUGGUCCUUUAACAUCUACAAGAUGGAUUCUUUAAAUAACAAGUGGGAGAGACAACUUACUUCUUUGGGAGACGAGGCAAUACUUCUGGAUCAAGGUAUCACCGUACUUGCCACCGCCAUCGAAGGAGUCAACAGAAAUUCAAUAUAUUUUAGCGGUUAUUGUUCACUUCAUUACUCCACAUUUGAUCGUGUUUGGAGUGAAAAAGAUAUAUUCGUCUUCAAUCUCGACACACACAAAAUUGAAAGACCACAUCAAAGUUUUUGUUCGACCAUUAGUCGAUUGUUUGAUGUUCAAUGGUUUGUACCAAAUUACAAACGGAAAGAUUGAUAUCAACUUUGUUGUAUCUUUUUAAUGUUUUUUUCCCAAUUCCCUAA